ACUUUCAUUUUCUCCCUUUCAAGUGAUGACCAAAUCCAAUGGUACCGCCGGCGCCGGCGCCGGAAACACCAUCCGCGAUUCACUACUUUGGCGAAAAGGAGACGAAGAAUCUGGAAAGAUCAUUAUACAAAAAGAAGAGAGACCAAAGGAACCAUGGAAUGGUGCAUUCGCUAAAAGCAUUGUUUAUGCUGGUCUUGAUGCUAUUCUCACUACCUUUGCUCUCAUCUCUUCCAUCACCGCCGGCAAACUCUCCUCCGUGGAUGUGCUGGUGCUGGGGGUGGCGAAUCUGGUGGCGGAUGGAAUAUCAAUGGGGUUUGGAGAUUUCGUAUCGAGUAGCACAGAAAUGGAUAUGGAAAGGGAAGAAAGAAGAGUGGCUGAAUGGGAUGUUACUUAUAAUUUCGCCCUUCAAAAAGAUCAGCUCCUCCAUUCUUACAUCUCUAGAGACAUGGACGCAGCCGAUGCCGACACCGUGGUGAAUAUAUUUUCAAAGUACAAGGAUAUUUUCAUAGAAGAAAAAAUGGGUGCUAUGAAAUGGAUAUUACCGGAUGAUAAGGCAAGGAAGCCAUGGAAGAAUGGGAUGGUUACUUUUAGUGCUUUUAUUGUGUUUGGGAGUGCACCUCUUCUUUCUUUUAUUGUACUUCUUCCGUUUAAUCAAGAGAAGAGUGAGUCUAUGAAGUUUAUCGGUGCUGCUAUUAUGUCGGCUAUGGCACUAGCCUUAUUGGGUGCAUCGAAAGCUUGGAUUGCGGGCAGGGGUUAUGUGGGUUCGGUCUUUGUUACGUUGCUAAAUGGUGUAGUAGCGGCUAGUGCGGCUUAUACAAUUGGAUGGUUGCUUCACCAUGUUGCAGGGUUGAAUGAUUGAUGGUUUUAGAUCAGUUGGAU